CUACAGAUCUUCUAACGUCUGGAAAGUAGACUAUUAUUAUCGUGCGUUAUACGAACGAUCGAGGACGUCUUUCUUCGUAAAUUUUAGGACGUAUUUCCUUAAAAAAAUAAACAAGAAUGCCUAGAGAGAGCAGGCAAUACCGCAAAAGGUCCAGAUCAAAAUCUCCUGAUGCUGACAAUGACAGCUCCAAGAAGAAGCGAUCCCCAGAGAGGUCCAAGGAGAAGGACAAGGAGAAAGAAAGGAGGAGGUCGCGGUCCAGGUCAAAGAGCAGGGAGAGGUCACGGAGGUCACGUAGCAAGGAGAGAGAACGUGAUAGGUCAAGGAAAUCAAGAUCGAGAUCCAGGGAUAGAGAUAGGAGAAGAGAUCGAAGGAGUCCACCUCGCAGAGACAGAGAUAUAGAAAGAGAUCGGGUCAGGGAGCGAGAUAGGAGAUCCCGGCGCUCAAGGAGCCGGAGUAGAGACAGGAACAGGAGGCGUAGAACCAGGUCUCGCUCUAGGAGUCCCAAGCGGAGCAAGGGUCGAAGGUCACAGUCGGUAGAGCGAGCAUCUAGGUCUCGCUCGAGAUCUCCAAACAAGGACAGCAAAUCAAAAGGAUCAUCAUCAUCAUCAUCUGCUGUUAAGACUGAAGGGACUGUAAAAGUGGAGGUGAAGACGGAGGCAGAGGUGAAGAAGGAAGUAGAGGUGAAGCAAGAGAUAAAGGAAGAAAAGGAGGAGACUAAGGAGGUCAAGGAGGAGAAAGGCUUAGUCUUGGAGCAAAGACGACUUGAAGAGGAGAUGCAGAAGAGACGUGAGCGGAUUGAGAGAUGGAGGAUGGAGAGAAAGAAGACCAUGGAGGCGGCAGCAGGACCAUCAAAGACGGAAGGAGAGGGGGAGAAGGCCGAUGCCCCGCCCCAGAAGCCAGGCAAGAAGUGGAGUCUGGAGGAUGAUGAUGAUGCUGAUGAUGAAGCAGAGGCAGAGGAAGAGGAUGUAAGUUCAAAGGAAGCAAAAGAAUCCAAGGAACCGGGCCCCGGUGGUCAAGAAGGCAAGGAUGGUGGUGAGAAGAUGGAUGAUGACAAGGAAGAUGAUGAGGUGAAGAUGGAGGCGGAGGAGGAUGAUGAUGACGACGUUGACCCUCUGGAUGCUUUCAUGAUGGGUGUUCAUGCGGAGGUUAAGAAGAUUGGCAGUAAGGACAAGAAAGGGCCACCAGCUGUGGAGAAGGCAGUCAAACCUACCCCUGGAAACGGAACAGGAGGAGAGGCCCCUAAGUUUAGCAUCGUGACAGGAGUGGUGAAGAAGAAGAGUGUUCCGGUGCCGAUGCCGGUCAUCGUGACAUCAGGAAAGAAAGGUGAACUCAUGGAGAAUGAUCAAGAUGCCAUGGAGUAUUCUUCUGAAGAAGAGAAGGAGAGUAAUCUGAUGGACACAAUGGCAGCUCUGGAGCAGAAGAAGAAGAAAGAACUGGCCAAGGUUGAUCAUUCAAAGAUUGAUUACCCACCCUAUAGGAAGGACUUCUAUGUAGAGGUGCCGGAGCUAGCUCGUCUUACCCCUGAAGAGGUUGACAAGAGACGUUCAGAUCUGGAAGGUGUUAAGGUGCGUGGUAAAGGAUGCCCCAAACCUGUAGACUCAUGGGUGCAGUGUGGCGUGUCUAUGAGAGUUCUAACAAUCCUAAAGAAGAAUAACUACGAGAAGCCGACUCCCAUCCAGUGCCAAGCCAUCCCAGCCAUCAUGUCUGGGCGUGACCUCAUUGGUAUCGCCAAGACGGGGAGUGGGAAGACGAUGGCCUUCCUCCUACCCAUGUUCAGACACAUCAUGGAUCAAGAUCCUCUGGAGGCAGAGGAUGGACCUAUUACUUUGAUAAUGACUCCUACCAGAGAAUUAGCCAUGCAAAUUUUCAAGGAGUGCAAGAAGUUCACCAAAUCGAUGGGACUGAGGGCGGUAUGCGUGUACGGAGGCACAGGCAUCAGUGAACAGAUUGCAGAGUUGAAACGUGGAGCAGAGAUCAUUGUGUGUACACCGGGGAGGAUGAUAGACAUGCUGGGAGCUAAUAAUGGUCGCGUCACAAAUCUUCGUCGAUGUACAUACCUUGUCUUGGAUGAAGCUGAUAGAAUGUUUGACAUGGGUUUUGAACCCCAGGUGAUGAAGAUUGUAGAGAACAUCCGCCCUGAUAGACAGACGGUUCUGUUCUCAGCCACGUUUCCCAGACAGAUGGAGGCCUUAGCCAGGAAGAUCUUGACCAAGCCUAUUGAAGUCCAAGUUGGAGGUCGUAGUGUGGUGUGCUCCGACGUCACUCAACAUGCUAUGAUUCUGGAGGAGGAUCAGAAGUUCCUGAAGCUACUUGAGCUUUUGGGUUACUAUGAUGAAGGCCAGAUCCUAGUCUUUGUGGAGAAGCAAGAGUCUGCAGAUCUGCUACUCAAAGACCUCAUGAAGGCAUCUUACCCUUGUCUCGCUCUUCAUGGAGGUAUAGAUCAGUACGACAGAGACUCCAUCAUUCAGGAUUUCAAAGCUGCUAAUGUGAAGAUCCUGGUUGCAACCUCUGUGGCAGCCAGAGGCUUGGAUGUGAAGAACCUUGUCCUUGUUAUCAACUAUGAUUGUCCUAACCACUACGAGGAUUACGUGCACAGAGUUGGGCGCACAGGGCGAGCGGGAAACAAGGGGUUCUCAUACACCUUCCUAAUGCCUGAACAGGCUAAGUAUGCUGGAGAUGUGAUCAAGGCGUUUGAGCUGAGCGGUGCUAAGGUACCUGAGGAGCUGACUGAGAUGUGGAGCCUCUAUUGCAAUCAGCAGAAAUCUGAAGGAAAAGAGGUGACCAAAAACAGUGGCUUCAGUGGGAAAGGCUUCAAGUUUGACGACACUGAGAGAGAGCUAGCCAACGAGAAGAAGAAACUACAGAGGGCCGCUCUAGGUCUACAAGACUCUGAUGAUGAAGAUGCAGGAAUGGAUAUCGACGAGAAGAUCGAGACCAUGUUUGCAUCAAAGCGACGCGUCAAGGACGUAACAGCUGAUGAGAUCCCCGUCGUCCAGCAACCGCAGGCGAACUCUGCCACACCGGGAGCGGCACCGGGCGCGGCCCCGGCUGGAGCCGCCACUACCCUGCCCGCUGGGGCCAACCAGGCUAUGCUGAGUCUGGCUAAGCGAAUGGCAGCCAAGAUUAAUAAGAACCUGGAGAGUGAGAGGGGUGUGGAUAUGGUUCAGCAAGCAACGCAUGCUGUGAUGAAAGGAGCCACGCUAGGACAACCUGCAGUAUCGACAUUCACUAGGGCCGAGCAAAUGGCUGCCAAACUUAACGCCAAGCUCAACUACAUUCCUAAGAUUAAUGAAGAAGAGAAGGAGGAGGAACAGCCUAAACCAACCUUCAGGAAAUACGAGGAGGAAUUGGAGAUCAAUGACUUCCCUCAAACUGCCAGGUGGAAGGUUACAUCAAAGGAGAACCUAGCCCAGAUCCAGGACUACAGCGAAGCAGGGAUCACGAUCAGAGGGACGUACUUUGCUCCUGGCAAAGAACCCAAGGAAGGAGAAAGAAAGCUUUAUCUGGCUAUCGAAAGUGUCAGUGACAGAGCUGUGUCAAAGGCCAAAGCUGAGAUCACAAGAUUAGUCAAGGAUGAACUAGUCAGGCUGCAAAACUCGUAUCAACCUACCAACAAAGGGAGGUAUAAGGUUCUUUGAGUGUCUUUUGAUCUCCAUCCACCAAGUCUUCACCAAGGACAGUAACAUCAUAUUAACCCUUUGCCUACUGGAACUGAUUGGUCCCUGUAUUAAGCAUAUGGGAAUGAGAGAAGUCAAUAGCCAGAGGGUUAAGAAACAGAGCAUCUCAAGGACCGAUGGACCUCUCAAGAAUGGACAUUUCUUCUGCAUGUUUAUAUUUUUAAUUUGCUGAGCACUACAACUUUCCUGUCUUGUAGAUUGGACUGUGACCUUUAUGUCUUGCAGUCUAUAUCUUCUGGUUCAGAUCUGCUUCCAUUAUACAGCAAAACCUGAUUUAGUGACCACCUGUCUACAAAGACCACAUUUUUUGUUUCCCUUGAAGCUGGGUUCUCAUUGAACUAUCAUGCAAAUGUACUAAAGGAACCUGUAUAUAAAGACCUCUUGCCUAUAUAGACCACUUUUCUUGUCUCCCUUAGGUGGUCUUUAUAGACAGGUUUCACUGUAUAGUACUUGUUGCAUUAUCCUGGGCAUGAUAGUCUGAAUCCCACAGCCUAAACACUGGUUUAUUUAUUAUUGACAGUCCCAAAAGUCCUUAAAAUAAGAAGACAAAGCAAACAAAAUAUAUGCCCCCUCACUGUCUUUGAAAUAUAUAGGCAGAAAAUAUAAAGGUAGAAACAAAAAAGAUUGGUUCCUUAUUUUUCACAACUUGAAGGCACAUUUAAAAUACAUGUUUUUUGUUUUUGCCCAUAUUUUACCUUGGUUGGGCCAUAGUAAAUAGCAGGUUUACAUCAUGUGCUACGUUUAAAUCAUGUUUGUGAAUUGUUAGACUUUUAUUUUGACUGUUGAUUUCAGCUUGUUAUCUCAAGAUAAGCCAACCAACAAUGGAGAACCUCUUCAGCUGCUCAGGAUGGGGUCAAAUUUAGAUUGGAAUAGGAUAUCUUAACAGUGACGAACUUCAGAUGUUUAUUGAGCCUGUUUCUGUGUAUUUUGUAUGAUACAGUAAUUUGUCCCAAGUGAUAAUUUCACGAAAUACCCAUUGUAAAAACGAUUGUGUAAACAAACACUGUUGAUGAGAUGAAUGAGCUCAUCUAAACUACACAAGAAGUUUUUUAUCAUCCAUGAUAUUUGUUGUCUCCUGUUUUAGAAAAUAGAUUUUUAUAAAACUUAAAUUGUAGGUUCAAGAUUGUCAUUUCUAAUGUUUUAGCAAGACCAAUAUAUCACAAAGACUUGACAAAAAUGUAGUAACCCUUGUUGAAUUUAUUUAUGUUAUAACAGGAUUUCUAGAUUUAUUCAGAAAAGUUGUUGGUUACGUCCUUGGAUUCCUGGUACCUUAUUAAGAAGUUUUGGAUUCCAAUGAACAUUUAUCAAUGCAUCAUCCAAGGAUCAUUAAUUAUAAUGAUUCAUUUCUGAAAAAUAAUAUGUAACACUCUUUGCAUAUAUGUUCAGAACUACAUGGAUUUAUUAUUUAUGUGACAUCACUCGUGAAAUAUUUAACAAACAUUUACUGGAGUGCACUCAAAUGUAAACGUUAUCGAACUUGUUUUCUUGCAGCCACAACCAUUAACAUAUUGUCAAAAACUAUUACUGCAACAAAAUAUCUUCAUGUUUACCUUACUUCCUUUCAAUAAGAGAAUUUGAAACAAGAAUGUUCAUUCAUUUAAAUAAAUCAAACCAUAAGUAUUACUACUACAUGAAUAUAUGGAUGAAAUGAAGUUAUGAUCAAGUUCAUCUGGGGGAAAGGAAAUUACAUUUCAAUAUAUGUAUGCUUUUGCUUAAUGCUUGACAGGUUUUAAUUUGAAAGUUUGUAAAUGGCCACAUAGAAGCCUUUCCUUGAGAUACAUUUAAGCUGAGAUAGCAUUAUUUUUCAGCAGCAAUAUGACGUUUGUUUAUUAUGGUAGUUCGAAUGUAAAAUUCGUUUUCCGUUUCGCUUGAAAAUUAAAGAUAAUAUGGUCUGAUAAAAAAAUAUUUUACAACAAAUUGAUAAAAAUUCAAGUAAUUUCAUAGCCCUUUCAAAAUGCUAAGUAAUUUUUUGAAUCACUGCUAUUGUCAUAGUGUUUUUUAUUUUUUUGAAUUUUUAGUUAUUUCUUCUAUAAAGAUUUUUCAUCAGCUAGACUUAAUUGGGAUGCCCAUUCCUAAUCAAGAUUUGAAAACAACAAAUCUCAUUUUUUAAAUGAUGUUAUUGUAAAUAAAAUUGUAAAUUUUUGACAAUG